AUUUUGUUUUUUUUAUUAACCCAAUUAAAAAAAAGUUUUUUUUUAACAAAUUAUAGAAAUACAUAACACAUAACAGUUAUGACGAUAGAUACAGUUCAAGGGCGAAGACAGCCCUCAACCAUCCACAGCAAGACUCACGUUGGGAUUGGGAACGGCUUCAGUCGACAGCACAACACAACUGAGUCGAGUCGAUUCAUACAGAAUAGUUACGGACAUAAAGACUAUCAGAGUAUUAGUACACUCACUGUGAGCACUGGGAUGUCUGCCAAGUUAGACAAGUCAGUCUCCGGCAGCACAGAGUCAACCAAUAAUGCUAAUGGAGUUCAACUUAAGAAAGAGUUGGGUCUACUCAACGGUGUUUCUAUUAUUGUUGGCAUUAUUGUCGGCAGCGGUAUCUUUGUGUCGCCCAGAGGUGUACUACAAGAGGCCGGUUCUGUAGGUUUGGCGCUAAUCGUAUGGGUUUCAUGUGGUGUAUUGUCGGGUAUCGGUGCUCUAUGUUAUGCCGAAUUGGGAACCUCUAUACCUAAAUCUGGUGGUGACUACGCGUAUAUUCACGAAGCGUUUGGACCAUUGCCUGCAUUUCUUUUCCUAUGGGUAGCCCUGCUUAUCAUAAUGCCAUGUGGCAACGCUAUCGCUGCACUCACUUUCGCUAAUUAUAUACUCCAACCGAUAUUUCCGACGUGUGAGCCACCGGCCAAUGCUGUCCGACUGAUUGCAGCCGCCGUUAUUUGUUUACUAACAUUUGUUAACUGUUAUAACGUCAAGUGGGCGACAAAAGUGCAAAAUGUGUUCACAUUUGCUAAAAUAGCAGCACUUCUUAUAAUAAUAAUCACUGGAUUUUAUUAUCUAAUAAUCGGAAGGACUGAAACAUUGAGUUAUCCCAAAUCAUUUGACGGCACCUCCACAUCACCCGGACAUAUAUCACUUGCUUUCUAUUCCGGCCUAUUUUCCUAUGCGGGAUGGAAUUAUUUGAAUUUUGUAACGGAGGAAUUGAAGGAACCGUAUAAAAAUUUGCCCAGGGCUAUUUAUAUAUCACUACCAUUAGUAACAAUUGUCUACUUGUUGGCUAAUAUCGCCUAUUUUGCUGUAUUAACUGCCGAUCAAGUGUUGACAUCCAAUGCCGUUGCCGUGACUUUCGGUGAAGAAGUGUUGGGCAUAUUUCAAUGGAUAAUGCCUUUAUCGGUGGCUCUUUCGACGUUUGGCGGCCUAAACGGCGGUAUAUUUGCCUCGUCUCGACUAUUUUUUGUGGGCGCCCGUAACGGACAUCUCCCCGGAAGUAUAGCAAUGAUUAAUGUGAAAUAUUUCACUCCAAUGCCAAGUCUUGUAUUUUUAGGCAUUCUAUCGCUUCUGUAUCUGACAACCACAGAGGUCUAUGCGCUAAUCAACUACACGGCAUUCAUUGAAUCACUUGCCGUCACAUUUUCAGUGGCAGCUCUUCUAUGGUUACGCUAUAAACAGCCAAACUUGAAGCGACCGAUUCGUGUGAAUCUCAUACUUCCCCUCAUAUUUUUCAUUACCUGUACAUUCCUCGUACUCUUACCAUUCUAUGUCAGUCCGUUUGAAACAGGUAUCGGAGCCGCCAUUACAUUAUCCGGUAUUCCUGUUUAUUUGGCUACCAUAUCGUGGCGUAAAAAACCACUUAUUUAUAAGCGGUUUAUCAGUGCUUUUACACGAACCGUACAAAAGGUAUUGUUUAGUUCAAAGGAAUACGACAAACAUCUUAAUGAAUAAAAAUCUAUUUAUAAAUUAAUAUUUCAAUAUAUAUAUAUUGUGUACACAUAAG